AUGGAUGGGGGCGCCUGUGGAAUUGGAGCGGUGGGUGACGCCCGUGGACGGUGUGGGGGUUCGGGGGAUGAGCCGAUGCUGCUCACCUGCAAGACCACGACGGAGGGCAUCAAGAUUGACAGGAUCAAGGCAGCGCACUGGGUGUACCCAAAGAACAUUCCCUUGCGCCAGUAUCAGCAGAACAUCGCCCAGACCGCCCUGUUUCACAACACAAUGAUUUGUCUCCCCACUGGCCUUGGGAAGACGCUCAUUGCCGCUGUUGUCAUGUACAAUUUCUUUCGUUGGUUCCCCCAGGGAAAGAUCGUCUUUGUUGCACCAACAAAACCUUUGGUCGACCAGCAAAGGGAGGCAUGCCUUUUCAAAGUCAGCAUACCUGAGUACGACACAGCUGAGAUGACUGGCAAGGUGGGCCCUGAGCAGCGACAAUCGAUAUGGGAGAGCAAGCGUGUGUUCUUCUGCACUCCGCAGGUGUUGGAACGGGACAUGAGCAAAGGAUUCCUGGACGAGCGCAAGAUCGUGUGCUUGGUGGUGGAUGAAUGUCAUCGCAGCAUUGGCAACUAUGCAACAGUGAAAGCGGUGGACAUGAUGAAAAAAGAAAAUGUCAAAUUCCGUGUUGUUGGCCUCACCGCCACACCUGGCAGGAGUCAACAGGUUGUGCAGGAAGUCAUGGAAAACCUCUUGAUCAACCGUGUGGAGUUUCGGAGUGAUGAGGAUGCAGAAGUGGUGCUGUACACACACGAGCGCACUGUGGAUGUGCUUACAGUGAAACCAAACACCCACCUAGCCGAGUGCUACGACCUUUUGCACCAGGUCAUGAGGCAGGUCAUCAGACCGCUGAUAGAUGCGAAGGUAUAUUUUAACUUUGACGUUGAGCGCAUCUCUCGCUUCAGUCUUGUCAAUGCCCAGAAGCGAUUUAGAGAGGUUGGGAAGCGGCGAUCGGACCUGCCAAGGAUCUUGCUGCUGUUCUCACAGGCAAUGUUCCUUGCAGCUGUGCAUGAGGCACUGGACAACAGUGGGAUCCGUGUUGCAAACGAGUUCAUGGCUUCCCAGCUCCAGGGUGGCCGGCUGCAUGACCUGCGAUCCGAUGGCGUCUUUGCCCAGUUCCUGGAUAGGAUUAACUGGAUGGUGGAGCGCAACAUGGAGCAUCCCAAAAUGGCUGUGCUGUGCGAAGUGCUGCUGGCCCACUUUGCAAGUGGUGGUGGCAGCCGUGUCAUCGUGUUUACAAACCUCAGAGAGACCGUUGGUGACAUUGUACAGUUGCUGAGAAGACACGAGGACACUAUCACAGCAAAAAUGUUCAUUGGGCAGUCGGGUGGGCCGCAAAAAUCUACUGUGGGGAUGAAACAAAGCGAACAAAAGCGUGUGCUCCAAGAUUUUCGCGAAGGCAAAUUCAACACGCUGGUGGCAACUUGCAUUGGAGAAGAAGGGUUGGACAUUCCUGAGGUGGGUUUGAUUGUUUGCUUUGAUGGCGCUGCUUCCCCAAUUCGGGACAUCCAGCGCAUGGGCCGCACUGGGCGCCAUGACAAUGGCCGGGUUGUUUACCUCCUGGCUGAAGGCAAGGACAAGGACAAAUUUGAGCUCAAUCGCCAGGAGACAAGGAGGAUUCAGGCGCUACUGAGGAAUGCAGAUGAGUACUUUCGGCUGUUUGACAGGAAUCCGCGCAUGGUUCCCCACGAAUUCAACCCACAGAUGCUCAUGGUGGACAUGGAGACGAGCACCAUCGAGGACAUACGAGCAGGAGCCAAGGGGCGCAAGAGGGGAGCACGUCGAUCAAAGCCUGCCGACAAGUCAGGAAAAGCUGCAAGGGGAUUGACAGGUCAGGCAAGCAGAUUGUGUGCCCCCAGUGCGAGACGCCUUCAGAGCCACUUGCCAAAUCAACCCAGGAACCGUACGGGUGGGAGCUGUACUGCAGCUGUUGCUGAGGCAACCAACCGAUUGCAUUCAUCGGAUGAGGAGGACUUUGUGGGUCCAAAAGAUGGAAAUGAGACUGUGGUGGAUGGCCAUGACCAAGGUCCUAGGGAAGCUGAAGUUCAAGAACCUGCACAGAUCGCAAAUCAGUUGCAGAGCGAACAGGGCAUUGCGUACAACUCCCCAGUCCAGGUCCGCGAGGCAGGUUGGCUGUGGAAGCAUGGAUUUGCAGCAUUGCCUGCCUGGAGGGCGCAGCGGGCUGGUGCAUCGAGGACAGUAACAGAAAGAAACCCCAACGAAACCAAGGUGUCUGAAACCAGAGAUCGAAUGGAUAAUGGUGGCGUGCUGACCACCAAUCGUGAACUUCCAAGUGAAGUUGAUGCGACACAGAAGGCCUGUGCAGACAAAAAUGCACAAAAGGCUGCAUGGUGUUCGAAUGGCGAUGUGAAUGAUAUGGGCAGGCCAACAGCUCCCUAUCCAUUGAAGGAAAGAACACUGCCAGGAACAGAUUGGGUACUUCACACCGCUUCAGCUUCAGUGCUCAGGUGGGAUGGCACCAGUGAGCUGCAGGUUGCACCUCCUCCGCUUAGUGCUCUUUCCCUUCUUGCCUCCCUUGAUGGGUUGCCAGGGGUUGCAACAUCACAGCCCCACAAUGGAAGGAGAGAAGUUGAGUGCGUAGAAACGACCCCAGGCACACACGGCGCAAGGUUUAAUCCGGCACAUAUGGGUGGCAGGUUGCAGUGCCUUUCUGCAACAGGGGCUGAGAGCGAUUCAAGAGCUGCAGAACACAGGGCAAGGGAGGAACUGACGUCCUGCCUUCAUACAGGAGGUACUGCUGAUAAUUGCAUUGAAAAGGAGGAAACAUGGACUCGCUCCAAAGAGGCAGCCUUGCCUAUGGACCCCAUUCCUAUGGACUUCAGUUCGCCCAAUGUCGUCAAUCUUGUAUCUGGGACACCCAGUACCGGCUGUUCACAUGGGGUUGUGUCAGCUGCAGUCCCAGCAUGUGAUGCAGCACGAGGACAAGGCACUGUACACAGACAAGAGGAAUGUCGACUGGAUGCAGCUGACAGUAGUGAUGUGGCCCGUAGGGCUGCAGUACAGUGCAUUGAACAGUACUGUUGUCAUGACAGCGAUCCCGCAGGGCAGGAUGUGGGGAGUGUGCGAAAUUCAAUAGCUGUAAGGGGGCCAGACAAGGAGACCAACUGGCAGGUGGAGUGCUUGAGUGGAAUAGAGGAAAGUAAAUGUAGUCAAGAAGCAGCCUUGGGAGAUGGGAAGGGCGGAAAUUGUGGUGGAGAGGAUGGACGAGCAGGUGCCCUGUGUGGAGACCGGACAUGCAGACAGGCUGAGUACAGGCUUCACAAUGACUGCAUGGCAGCGGCACGCAGCAUGUCUAGCCAUCCACCACCACAACAAUCGGGGGCAGAUUUGGUGGCAGGUGCAGCUUCAACGAAAAUUGCAGGAGAGCUGCCAUCGAAGGACAGCCUGCAGUUCGGGCAAGAUGACAAGCAUCAUUUACGUUCUAGAGUACCUGAUGGAAACCUGAAUAAUGGCAAUGUGGAGAGCGUUUGUCCUGCAGUGCUCCCAGCACAUCAUCAGCAAAACGCCCCCAGGCCAGCACAUACUCCCAAUGUGCCAGAAGAUGGCCAUCAGAGGCCAUUGAUCACAGCACCAGUGUCGCCCACGAGUGGUGUGAAAGGCCCCCAGCAUGAUGCAGACGGCGAUGGAUACCACAUGGCGUAUGACGAUCCCUUUGCUGCUGCAGACAUGGAUCUGUGGCCUGAAGAUGACUGGAAUCAAUGCCCAAUGUCACCCCAGGAGCCAGCCAAGUGCAACAGUGCAAACACCACUGGCCCCAUCUCCCAAAAGUCGAAGGCAGGCCCCCACCAAGACAAUCAUUCGCAAGGAUGCCAAGAGAUCUCAUUGUUGACACCAGAGAAGAGUCCACGCACUGUUCUUGGCCCAGUCUCAGGGAAUUUGUGCCCCCAGUUCAGCAACAAGUUCAGCCCAACUGUCGAUGGGGAACUGGUGAAGACUGGUUCAGAAAAUGCUGGAUGGACACCUGCGGCAUUCACAACGUGUGCUGCUAAGACCCCAGUUGCAAUGAGCAGUGAAUUGGUUGUGAAACGCAAACGCCGAUCAACAGUUGUGUUGGAGGACACUCCCUCCGUCGCACACCCAAAUUGCACGUAUCAUAGCGAAUGGAGUCCCUCACCAGCAGCCUGGACUUCCUGCAAUCAGCACGACAAGCGGAAGGUUCUGCGCUUGGGCAGAAAUCGUGGUGCAGAUCUGCAACACCAGAUGGGAGGGAGCCACAGUGAAAGGGGAGAAGUUCCUGCCAGAGGAGCAAUGUUGGACCGAGCAGACAAAGCAAGGAUGAAGAAAGCACUCAUCUACAUCGAUGACGAAGCAGAGCGUUCUGGUGAGAGCAGCUCGUGUGAUGGAGACGGUUCAGAGCAAGACGGUGGAUCUGGGGCUUCAGACUUUAUUGAUGAUGCAACUGAGCCAGGGACUGCGUUGAGGUCUGCAGAGGAUCUGAUAGCGAUGUAUCAGAGGUCACUCCUUUCUGUAACACCUGUUCCGAUGAAGCUACUGCCAAGGAGGCUCGUUCUGGACACGCCAGGGGCUACGCAGAAUGAGGAUCACAGUGACUAUGGUGGAUCUUUCAUCUCUGAUGGCAGCACGAAGCCGGCGGUGUCGGACACUGACGGCUCUUCAACAGAAGGAAUGAGCGACGAUGCGUGCGCUGCAUGCGGAGGAGAUGGCGAACUCAUCAUAUGCGAUGGCUGCUCGCUGGCAUUCCACCUACUGUGUGUCGGUCUGACAACCGUUCCCCCAGGUGACUGGUACUGUGCCAGUUGCGCUGCAGCGGAGUGA